AUGUUUGGUGCUGACUUUGUAGAGGAUAAAGUUAUCCAGUUUGAGAAUUUCGUUGAAGGGCUAAUGUACUCUGUGGAUUACGAUGCUCCAUACUUCUACUCUGCGUUACUUUUCAUUAUAUUUAACCCAUUGUUUUGGAAUAUAGUGGCAAGGCUGGAAUACCACACACAUUUCCUAACCAAGAUUGCUGGUUCGCCAAAGAGAGGCUGUUAUUUCCUUGCAGCCACCAUAUUUUCUCUAGGUAUUGCUAGAGAUUUGACAUUUGAAAAGGCAUUGAGACAUCAAGAAGUCUCCCCAUUGUUAGACACCCCAAAAAUCACAAAUAUCGGGUACGCGUUUUUAAUUGUGGGCCAAAUACUAGUGAUUUCCUCAAUGUACCAGUUGGGUAUCACGGGUACUUACUUGGGUGACUAUUUCGGUAUUUUAAUGAAUGACAGAGUAACAGCUUUUCCAUUUAAUGUUUCCAAUAACCCAAUGUACCAAGGUUCUACAUUUUCUUUCAUCGGUACUUCGCUAAUUGCUGGUAAACCAGCAGGAUUGAUUUUGGCAUUCUUUGUACAUGCCAUGUACUACAUGGCUCUAAAGUUUGAGGAACCAUUUACAGCUGAAAUCUAUGCAAAGCGUGAUGAGGAGAAAAAGUCUAAGAAACAAUAA